AUGGUUCCUAAGUCUAUCGAAAGAAGACUGUCUGUGGCAAUUUAUUUCGAUGCUGCUUUUGACCAACAACUUUCAAGAUCUGUGUCGGGGCUAGUUGUUCGAAACGAAGAGGGGGAAAUAUUGGCAUCCAAAUCAGUCAUCCAUUCCAAUAUUGCAACUCCAUUUGCGGCCGAAGCACAUGCAGGGUUACAAGCUUUAUUAUUAGGAAUUUCUAUGGGGUUUAAUGUUUUGCAAGUAAUAGGAGACUCAAGAACGGUUAUUUCAAAAUGCCAAAGUUCAGAACGUGACAGAUUGGUGAUCAGAUCUAUCAUUCAAGACAUUCAGAAUAUAAAAAACCAUUUUCAAAAUGUCAGAUUUCAUUUUGUUCCUAGAUCAGAAAACAUACUUGCUCAUUUUGUUGCAGUAGAGGCUUUGAAGAAAAGGGACGGUCAUUACUUGGUCGGAGAUAUUCCCAGAUCCGUCCGUUGCGCUAUGGAGAGGAAGCGUCCAAGGCAUCCAGACUGA